AGAAGGCAGAAGAAAGCAAGCUUGACUGAUUCCAAUGAGAGAGAAAGGGAAGUCAGUAAAUGCAGCACUGGUCGUGGUCGGUAUCAGAUUCAUCCAUGAAAUGGUCUCCGAUCGAUUUUAUUUAGCAAGUCAGUCGUCGUCGCCCCAGCGUAUUCCACACGAAAUUCAACAGUCAUGGUAGAGUAGCAGGAAAAAAUUAGAAAGUGAUAUAUAUUUGGUAUACAAUUUGGGAGCUCGAUCGAUCGGUCGUCUCGUCUCCAUUGAGCAGCGCGGUUGUCUUCUUCCUCUUCAUUUUCUCCCUACGCAGCUCCCGGUGCAGUUUCGAGCUGUUCAUACUUGUUAUUAAGCAUGGUUCCGGUCUUUCGAUCACUCUUCAAUUACAUUAGUGUCCUCAUAUUGCCGUUGCUGUUCAUCACCGCCCGAUCAGACGAUGUCGAAUGCCUCAGAUCGAUCCGGCAUUCUUUGAAAGAUCCAUCGAACUAUUUAGCAUCAUGGGAUUUCAGCAACGGUUCCAACGGUUUUAUUUGCAAGUUUGUGGGGAUUGAAUGCUGGCACCCGGACGAGAACAGGGUGCUGAACAUCCAGCUGAGCAGUAUGGGGUUAAGUGGUAAGUUCCCGACGGGUGUUUCCAAAUGUAGGUCGAUGACGGGCCUCGAUCUUUCGGGGAACAGUCUCCGGGGGAUCAUCCCGAGCAACAUCUCGAGUAUAAUGCCUUAUAUCGUUUCGCUUGAUCUCUCGUCGAAUAACUUUUCGGGAGAGAUCCCGCGGAGCCUUGCGAAUUGUAGCUUUUUGAACGUAGUUAAACUUGAUAACAACCAAUUGUCGGGACACAUCCCUCCCGAGAUCGGUUUGCUUCAACGGAUAAAGACAUUCUCGGUGGCGAAUAACCGGCUAAAUGGACCGGUUCCGCAUUUUGUGAGCAGCGCCAUUCCGGCGGAAAGCUAUGCGGGAAAUCCCGGACUUUGUGGCGGUCCUUUGCCGGCGUGCCCGGCGAGGCCGCCGGAGAAUAAAUCAUAAGUUUGUGUUGUAAAACUUAUGGAUGGGGAAAAUAAUGUUUAGUGAAUAGGGCUUUGGUGAGAAAUAAGUGAGUAUGUUUUGUAUUUUAUAUUUGUAUAAAUACUCUUUCUAUUACUUAUCACUAAAGGAUGAACUUGGUGAUGGUGUGGAAGUGAGCUUGCAAUUGUGGAAUCAUAAAUUUAAACCUCCA